GUUUACCGUCCAUGCGUCAAUUUGUAAUGCAGCCGGGAAACGUUUAUUUUUAUUGAUUUAACAAUUUGUAACCAUAUGAUAAAUGUAUCAUCAAGUUAGGGCCACCGCGGUAGCAAUAAGAGAUGUUUAAGAAUACUUUUCAGUCUGGUUUUCUGUCAAUUCUUUACAGUAUAGGCAGCAAGCCGUUGCAAAUUUGGGACAAAAAAGUAAGAAAUGGUCACAUAAAGAGGAUUACCGACAACGAUAUUCAGAGUUUAGUGUUGGAAAUAGUUGGAACUAAUGUUAGCACAACAUAUAUAACCUGCCCGGCGGACCCUAAGAAGACCCUCGGCAUCAAACUACCUUUUUUGGUUAUGAUCAUAAAGAACCUCAAAAAAUACUUCACAUUCGAAGUUCAGGUUCUUGAUGAUAAAAAUGUCCGUAGAAGAUUUAGAGCAAGCAAUUAUCAAUCAACCACAAGAGUGAAACCGUUCAUAUGUACCAUGCCUAUGAGGCUAGAUGAGGGCUGGAAUCAAAUUCAGUUCAAUCUUGCAGACUUUACCCGAAGAGCCUAUGGUACUAACUAUGUAGAAACCUUACGGGUCCAAAUACAUGCAAACUGUCGCAUCAGAAGAGUCUAUUUCUCUGAUAGACUGUAUUCUGAAGAUGAGUUACCAGCUGAGUUCAAACUGUUCCUACCAAUUCAAAACAAAACCAAAACAGCAGUGGCUACAUAAUGCACAUUUCCAAUAGUCAAUAUAAUUCUGAGGAAUAAUUUUUUAUAUUUAUUGUAAUUGUAUUUUUACACUUUGUGAUUUCAAAUUGUAACUUUUGUAACACAUUAAUAAAUAAUAUGCACAGUUGUU